AUGGACGGGAGCGGCGAGCUGGGCGGUCUGGAGACCAUGGAGACGCUGACGGAGCUGGGCGACGAGCUGACCCUGGGGGACAUCGACGAGAUGCUGCAGUUUGUCAGCAAUCAAGUGGGCGAGUUCCCUGACUUGUUCUCAGAGCCGCUCUGCGGCUCCUUCCCCGGCGGUGGCGGUGGCAGUGGCGGUGGCGGCGGCGGCGGCGGCAGCGGGGGCAGCAGCAGCGGUGGUGGAGCUGGGAGCGGGGACCCCUCCGGGCAGCGGCCUUUCAGUCAGGUCCCGCUGCCGGCCUUCUCCCCCUCGGCCACCUCCCCGCAGGCUGCGACCCUCCAGGUCAAGGCGCCCGCCGCCUCGGGUCCCACCCAGCCAAGGGCGGCCCCGGUUCUGCAGCCCCGCCCCCAGCCGCAGCCCCCGCCCCCUGCCCCGUUGCCGCCGCAGACUGUCAUGAUCACCCCGUCCUUCAGCACCGCUCCGCAGACGAGGAUCAUCCAGCAGCCCGUCAUCUACCAGAAUGCAGCUACCAGCUUUCAAGUCCUUCAGCCGCAAGUUCAGAGCCUAGUGACCUCCUCCCAGGUGCAGCCAGUCACCAUCCAGCAGCAGGUGCAGACGGUGCAGGCCCAGCGGGUGCUGACGCAGACGGCCAAUGGCACGCUGCAGACCCUGGCCCCGGCCACGGUGCAGACAGUGGCUGCGCCCCAGGUGCAGCAGGUCCCGGUCCUGGUACAGCCUCAGAUCAUCAAGACAGACUCCCUUGUCCUGACCACACUGAAGACAGAUGGCAGCCCUGUGAUGGCCGCGGUCCAGAACCCCGCCCUCACUGCCCUCACCACCCCCAUCCAGACAGCUGCCCUGCAAGUUCCAACCCUGGUGGGCAGCAAUGGGACCAUUCUCACCACAAUGCCUGUGAUGAUGGGACAAGAGAAAGUGCCCAUUAAGCAGGUCCCCGGGGGAGUCAAGCAGCUCGAGCCUCCCAAGGAAGGAGAAAGGCGGACGACACACAACAUCAUCGAGAAGCGGUAUCGCUCCUCUAUCAAUGACAAAAUCAUUGAGUUGAAGGACUUGGUCAUGGGGACUGAUGCCAAGAUGCACAAGUCUGGCGUUCUGAGGAAGGCCAUCGACUACAUCAAAUACUUGCAGCAGGUCAAUCAUAAACUGCGCCAGGAGAACAUGGUGCUGAAACUGGCAAAUCAGAAGAACAAGCUCCUCAAGGGCAUCAACCUGGGCAGCCUGGUGGACAAUGACAUGGACCUGAAGAUCGAUGACUUUAAUCAGAAUGUCCUUCUGAUGUCGCCUCCGGCCUCCGACUCAGGAUCCCAGGCCGGCUUCUCCCCCUACUCCAUCGACUCAGAGCCAGGAAGCCCUCUAUUGGAUGAUGCAAAGGUCAAAGAUGAGCCAGACUCUCCUCCCGUCUCACUGGGCAUGGUGGACCGCUCUCGCAUCCUGCUGUGUGUCCUCACCUUCCUCUGCCUCUCCUUUAACCCCCUGACCGCUCUGCUGCAGUGGGGAGGGGCCCACGAGGCAGACCAGCACCCGCACUCAGGCCCUGGCCGCAGCAUGCUGUCGCUCGAGUCAGGCUCCAGGGGCUGGCUCGACUGGAUGAUGCCGACACUCCUCCUGUGGCUGGUGAACGGUGUGAUCGUGCUGAGCGUCUUUGUGAAGCUGCUGGUUCACGGGGAGCCAGUGAUCCGGCCACACUCGCGCUCCUCAGUCACCUUCUGGAGGCACCGGAAGCAGGCAGACCUGGACCUUGCCCGGGGGAACUUUGCGGCGGCUGCAGCCAAUCUACAGACCUGCCUGUCGGUGCUGGGCCGGGCCCUGCCCACCUCCCGCCUGGACCUGGCCUGUAGCCUCUCCUGGAACGUGAUCCGCUACAGCCUGCAGAAGCUGCGCCUGGUGCGCUGGCUGCUCAAGAAGGUCUUCCAGCACCGGCGGGCUGCCCCAGCCACUGCUGCGGGCUUCGAGGAGGAAGCGAAGACCAGUGCCCGGGACGCAGCCCUGGCCUACCACAGGCUGCACCAGCUGCACAUCACAGGCAAGCUUCCCGUGGGAUCUGCCUGUUCUGACGUACACAUGGCCUUGUGCGCGGUGAACCUGGCUGAAUGUGCCGAGGAGAAGAUCCCGCCGAGCACACUGGUGGAGAUCCACCUGACCGCUGCCAUGGGGCUCAAGACCAGGUGUGGAGGCAAGCUGGGCUUCCUGGCGAGCUACUUCCUCAGCCGCGCCCAGAGCCUGUGUGGCCCCGAGCGCAGCGCCGUCCCCGACUCGCUGCGCUGGCUCUGCCAUCCCCUGGGCCAGAAGUUUUUCAUGGAACGGAGCUGGUCAGUGAAGUCAGCUGCCAGGGAAAGUCUGUACUGUGCACAGAGGAACCCAGCCGACCCCAUCGCCCAGGUGCACCAGGCCUUCUGUAAGAACCUGCUGGAGCGAGCUGUGGAGUCCUUGGUAAAACCUCAGGCCAAGAAGAAAGCUGCAGACCAGGAAGAGGAGAGCUGUGAAUUCUCCAGUGCUCUCGAGUACCUGAAAUUACUUAACUCUUUUGUGGACUCCGUGGGGAUUGUGACCCCCCCCUUCUCCAGCAGCUCCGUGCUCAAGUCAGCCCUUGGCCCAGACGUCGUCUGUCGGUGGUGGACAUCCGCCAUCACCAUGGCCGUCAGCUGGCUCCAGGGAGAUGACGCCGCUGUGCGCACUCACUUUACUGAAGUGGAGCGAGUCCCCCAGGCCCUGGAAGUGACAGAGAGCCCCCUGGUGAAGGCCAUCUUCCACACCUGCAGAGCCAUGCACGCCUCGCUCUCCGGGAAGGCAGAUGGGCAGCAGAGUUCCUUCUGCCACUGCGAGAGGGCCAGUGGCCACUUGUGGAGCAGCCUCAACGUCAGUGGGGCCACCUGUGACCCCGACCUCAACCAUGUGGUCCAGCUGCUGACCUGUGACCUGCUCCUGUCGCUGCGGACAGCGCUGUGGCAGAAGCAGGCCGGAGCCAGCCAGGCCCUGGGGGAGACCUACCACGCAUCGGGCGCCGAGCUGGCUGGCUUCCAGCGGGACCUGGGCAGCCUGCGCAGGCUGGCACACAGCUUCCGCCCAGCCUACCGAAAGGUGUUCCUGCAUGAAGCCACCGUGCGCCUGAUGGCUGGAGCCAGCCCUACCCGCACCCACCAGCUGCUGGAGCACAGCCUGCGCCGGCGCACGGCUCAGAACGCCAAGCACGGAGAGGCGGACGCCUGGCCCGGGCAGCGAGAGCGGGCCACUGCCAUCCUCCUGGCCUGCCGCCACCUCCCCCUCUCCUUCUUGUCCUCCCCGGGCCAGCGGGCCGUGCUGCUGGCCGAGGCUGCCCGCACCCUGGAGAAGGUGGGCGACCGGCGCUCAUGCAACGACUGCCAGCAGAUGAUUGUCAAGCUGGGAGGCGGCACCGCCAUUGCCGCCUCCUGA